AUGCGACCACCAAGAUGCCUCUUCCCCGCCGCGGAGAUCCUCCUCAAGGCUCCUUCGAGUAGACGGUGCAUGUCCUCUGCAGCAGCCUUCCAACCGCCUAGAAUAGUCGCUGCCACACAAUGGAAGGGUUACGGAUUUUUCUUGUCGAAUAGGAUGUUUGAUCGGUCGACAUGCCUCGAUUUCGUUAUACUGCGCAAAGCCAAUGGCAUUCGAUCGGCGUCUGCUUCAGCGACUGACUCGACAUUAUCUUCCCCCACCACGAAUUCUUCUUCCGAACAGGACAUUGCUCCUCAUAGAAAACGACAGGCUCAACGUCGCGAAAAGGCUGCCGCUGAAGCUGCCGCCCGAGGCGAAAAGCCACUUCCUCCCGAUGCAUCCUCUUUACUCGCAGAACAUGCUGCUUCGCAGUCCAGUUCCGGCCGCCGCUAUCUCUCCGCAUGUCUCUCGCUCUCGAAACCUCGAUUGACUAUGCUCGUCGUUCUUACCGCCAUGGCAACUUACGCUUUAUACCCUGUACCCGAAAUGCUCUCGCCGAGCACUACCGAAACGCCGAGUUUGAGUCCUUUAACAUUAUUAUUCCUUACGAUUGGCACGACUCUUUGCUCAGCUAGCGCCAAUGCUUUGAACAUGCUUUACGAGCCCUCGACCGAUGCCAAGAUGACCCGAACUCGAAACCGACCUUUGGUGCGAAAUCUCAUCUCCAAGCGAAGCGCUGUGUUGUUCGCCAUUCUUUCUGGAUUUGUCGGAACGGGCGCUUUGUACUUUGGUGUCAACCCAACCGUUUCCGGCCUUGGUUUUGCCAACAUCGUUAUUUACGCUGGAAUGUACACGCCUCUUAAGGCUGUUACAGCUUUUAACACCUGGAUCGGCGCUGUGGUCGGCGGUAUUCCUCCUCUAAUGGGCUGGGCUGCGGCUGCUGGUGAAACUGCCACCAAGGACGGUUCAUGGCGCGAGCUUCUAUUCGCCAGCGACGGAUCUUCGAUUGGUGGCUGGGUCAUGGCCGGUUUUCUAUUCGCAUGGCAGUUCCCCCACUUCAUGGCCCUCAGUUGGCCAAUCCGUGAGGAAUACAAAAAGGCCGGUCUUCGCAUGCUAGCAUGGACAAAUCCCGCUCGCAACGGCCGUGUCGCUCUACGAUACAGUCUCGUCUUUAUUCCUCUAUGUCUAUCACUCUGCGCCGCAGGAGUAACAGAAUGGUCAUUCGCUGUAACCAGUUUCCCCAUUAAUGCCUGGCUCAUUCGAGAAUCCGUGCGCUUCUGGCGAUUCGAGGGUGAAAAGGGCAGCGCGAGGGGUCUUUUCUGGGCCAGUGUGUGGCACUUGCCCGGUAUCAUGAUCCUUGCUCUAUUAAACAAGAAGGGCAUGUGGAGCAGAGUCUGGAGGAGCGUAUUUGGUGAAGAAGAGGGAGAGUGGGAGGAGGAAGAGCUGGACGAGAUGGUCAGCAUGGCCGUGGCAAAUACCAACAGCCAAAAGUCUAUAAGGUGA